AUGUCGCUAGAUCCACAAUCUUUACAGAAGUUGCUCAUUGAAAUGGACAAUCAGCUCAAUAAGUCCAGAGCAGAGCUUUCCAUGUGCAAUGUCCAGUUGGACCGUGUCGAUACCAACUUGAAAAUCAUUGACGCCACCACUAGCAGAUUGAACAAACUCACAAGCCCAGGUGACCAUGUUUGGAAGGGAGUAGGAAAGGCAUUUGUUCAGAACGACGCUAAGGAAUACAUUGAAGACAUUAACAAGGACAAGAAGGAGUUCUUGGAGACACAGAAGCUGUUGAAGACGAAGAAACAUUACUUGGAGACCACUUUAGAGAAAACGAUCGCCAACAUGACAGAGAUUGUUGGAAAGAAGUGA